AUGCUGGGGUCCACCGGGAAUGAUGGCGUGAAGCGGUGGGCGGUGCUGCUCCUCGACCCGGUCACCACCCGAGUGUUCUCCUCCGCCGCGGGCAUCGCUGACCUCCUGGACUACGGCGUGUCCCUGGUGGACGACGUGCUGAAGCAGCGCGAGCCGCUGACCACGCUCAGCGGCGUCUACUUCGUGGCCCCCACGCCAGAGGCUGUGGCGCGGAUCAUCGAGGACUUUGGCACCUCGCGCAAGCCGCUGUACCGCGACGCCUACCUCUUUUUCUCCUCCCCCCUCCCUCCCGAGCUGCUCCAGCGACUGCGUGGCUGCCCAGGCCUGCUAGCCCGCCUGCGCACCAUCAAGGAGGUGAACCUGGAGUACCUGGUGCUCAACCGCCGCACCUUCAGCACCGCUCAGGACGGCGCGUUGCGCACCUUCUUCGGUGCCGGCGCGGAGCUGGCCCCCGCCUACGCCUACGAGAUCUCGGUGGCCGCCACGCGCCUGGCCUCGCUGUUCGCCAGCCUGAAGGAGAUGCCAGCCAUCCGCUUCCGCGCCGCCAUCCCCCCCGGCGACGACUUCCCGCCGGGGCUGGAGAUCCGGCUGCUGGUCGCUCAGCGCGUCGCGCUGGAGCUCCAUGAGCGCCUACUCAUCCUGCAGCACGCGGGACUGGUCCCUGAGGCCGACACCUGUGAGCUGGUAAUCGCCGAUCGCGGCGCUGACCCCGUGGCGCCCAUCAUCCACGAGUGGACCUACGAGGCCAUGGCCCACGACCUGCUGGGACCGGACCUGGGCUCCAACAACGUCUUCUCCUAUGAGGCGGAGACGCAAGGAGGAAAGACAGAACGCAAGGAGCAUGUGCUGGAUGACCGCGACGCCCUCUUCUCGGAGCUCAGGUUCACCCACUUUGCGGAGGCCACCACCCGCAUCUCCCAGCUCCUGGACGAGUUUCGCCAGAAGAACAAGGCCGCCAGCUUCAAGGGCGAGGGCGGCGCCGACUUGAAGAGCAUGGGCCGCCUCGUGCGCGCCCUGCCGCAGUACAGGGAGCAGCUGUCCAAACUGGGGGCGCAUGUGGAGCUGGCCACGCGCCUCACUGCCAGCGUGGACGCCAGCCGCCUGACGGAGUUUGGAAAGCUGGAACAGGAUCUGGUGUACGGCGACGCCACCUCCAAGGAGGUCAUCGCCUUGCUGUCCCAGAGCGGCAGCAUUCCCCCCGCCGAGAAGGUGCGCCUGCUCAUGUGCUACUCCGCCACGCACCUCGAGAAGAUGGACCCAGUGCGGGAGCAGCAGUGGCAGAAGGUGGCGGGCCUACGCCCCGCUGACCUGGCGGUGGUGACCAAUCUGGAGUACCUGGGCGUGCCGGUGUACAAGCGCUCCAAGGGCAUGGUGUCCCUCGGCUUCGGGCGCAAGCGCCACCGUGCCAUUCGCAAGGACCGGGAGGGCAGCGAGGAUGACCAGCAGUACGCGCUGUCCCGCUUCGUCCCCCUCCUCCACGAGCUGGUGGAGGAUGCGGCCGCCAACCGCCUGUCGACCGACGAGUACCCCUGGGUGCAGCCCCCCAGCUCGCCCGGGUCGAGCCGCGCGCCCUCCUCGGCCGAGGCCACGCCCAAAUCGAUGAUGGGCGGCGUCGCUUCGGCGCGCACGCUGCGCACGACGGGCAACUGGGCGCGCAGCAAGCCCUCCGGCAACCUGGACCGCACCGAAAGCGGCAACAUGAGCGUCCAGAGCGGGAUUGGCGGCGGCCCCAACCGCCGCAUCUUCGUCUUCGUGGUGGGCGGCACCACCUACUCGGAGGUGCGGGCGGUGCACCGCCUGUCCAAGAAGCUGAACCGUGACGUUUUUCUGGGCAGCACCGGUAUCGAGACGCCGGUGCAAUUCCUGGACGACCUGGCCUCGCUGGCGAAUCCCACACCCCAGGCUGCGCUCGAGAUCGAGACCCCCCUGCGCCAGCAGUACUAA